AUUUUACCAUUACACUUUAUAGAUGAGAAAAUGCCCGAACCUCCACCUCCCCCUGCACCUCAUCCUCAUCGUGGUGGCUCAACAGGGAAUUCCUCAGUUGUAGAAAAUGGAAGCUCAUCGUCAACUCCAAAUCCAAUGCCGUCUGUAUCCCCAAGCCAUGUUCUUGGCCACCUGCACUCACCUCAGUAUACUCCAGGCUGUCGACCUGCAAGUGGCAGAUUUCUGCCCAGCUUCAGGAUUUCAGGUGCAAGUUCUGGUCCUCACCUCUUAAGUGCCAUGGGAUCUCUUACUAGUCCUGUGCAACAUAAGGUGACCCCACACAUGGUCCCAGGUCACCCAGCAGCACAUGACAUUCAUCACAACCCAGGUGGAGGAGUUGGUCAAAGUCGAGAAAGUGUUGAAGCAGCCAUAGCAGAUAUCAAACAAGCUAUUAGGAGAACUAAAAAUUUACCUGUUAAGUCUCAUCCCCAAGACAGAUCACCUAUAAAUGACAAAGCCCCCGUCUGGAUACCACGGAACAGCUGCAGUAGGCGAGAGCCUCAGCAGCUGCAGCAAGAGCCAAGCAGUGGGCAGCAGUCUCAGCAGCAGUCCCCACAGCAGCACCAGCAGCUGGAGGCAGCGGCUCAGGCCGCCAGGAGCCCUGACCACGUCCGUCAUGAAGAUGGUUUCGGGGGCGACCAUUUCACCUGGGGUAAGGAGCUUGUUGUGCUGUGUAGCCCACCGUCACUGAUAACCCACCAUCACUGAUAACCCACCUUUACACCAAACGCACAGUGUAGCCCACUAUCACC